UGAUUUCUCAACGGUGAGAGAGAGGCACCACCUUAUAGUUAACGUGGAUAAAUCUAUCACCAUUGAUACAUCUUCAUCAUAAUAAUCACUAGCCCCACCCUUCUUUAUUUAAUACCUAUACCCUCUCCCAAAAUAUAAAUUACCACUAGUAUUUAUCAUCUUUUAUUACUUAUUAAACCUUUCUGCCACUACUCACAAAAUUUCAUACACCCUUUAUAGCAUAUAACUUCAGUGAUUCAACAAUCUAUCUCAUUUUAUAGCAUUAUACAUUUACAUACAUUUUCAUCAAAGUAUAUAUAGUGAAGAAAUUACAUUUAUAGCCUUAGAUAUGGGAAGAGCACCUUGUUGUGAGAAAGUGGGUUUGAAGAGAGGAAGGUGGACAGCAGAGGAAGAUGAAAUUUUGACCAAAUACAUUAAGGCCAAUGGAGAAGGUUCUUGGAGGUCAUUACCCAAAAAUGCAGGGUUGCUUAGAUGUGGAAAAAGUUGUAGAUUAAGAUGGAUAAACUAUUUGAGAGAUGAUCUCAAAAGAGGAAAUAUUUCUGCUGAAGAGGAAACUCUCAUUGUCAAAUUGCAUGCUUCUUUUGGCAACAGGUGGUCUUUGAUUGCAAGUCACUUACCAGGAAGAACAGACAACGAGAUUAAAAACUAUUGGAACUCUCAUUUGAGUAGAAAAGUUUACACUUUUCGUGGAACAACAACAAAUUACGAUAAUACAAAAGAGAUUCCUUCACAGGGAAUCUUAGUUAAUACACCUCCCAAAAGAAAAGGUGGUAGAAUUAGCAACAAGGCUAUGAAGAAAAAUAAAGACUAUACUCAAAGAGUUUUCAAAAGUCCGAAUGGACUAACUUCGUUGGGUGACGAAGAUAGCCUAAAUGGACUUAAGUUGCCAUGCAUUGUCGGUGAAAAUAUUGAAACUGAUUGCGAUUUUAUGUUAGGGUCGGAUCAAAAUCAAAAUCCAAAUCCAAAGGAUAUUAAUGAUGAUGAAUCGUUGGAUUUUAAUGAUAUUGUUAUAGACACAUGCGAGGUGGAAAAAGAAAGAAAAAAUAAUGAUAAUAUGGUGGUAAGAGAUGAAAGAGUUGGGGACAAAGGUACAAGUAGUAACAAGUUGGGAACACAUGACACUGAGAAUAAUAGUGUGACAAGUCGAAGUUUGAAUGAUUUGGGUUUGGAUGAUAACUUGGAUUGGGAUAGUGUUAUGCCUUUGUUGAAUAAUAAAGGACAAUCUUUGUCAUGGGAGUUAAGUGAAAACAUGUUAACUUGGUUGGGGGAUGAUGAUGAAUGGGAGAAGGAUUUUCACAAGUAUACAGAGAUUGAUCCUGAUCAGAAGAAAAAUGAUAUAUUUUCUUGGUUUUAAUCUUGAAGUUAAGUUAAUUUUAGAACUUAAACUUGGGGUGUUUAGCUCUUCAAAUUUUUUUGGGAUGUAAAAAUAUAACUAUAAAUAUAAUACCUUGUUAUUUUAAACAAAAUAGUAGUAAUAAUAGUUUUUCUAAGUCACUCCAAACAAAAUAGUAGUAGUAGUUUCUUUAAGUCACUUCUCGUUGUGUGUGUAGUCAUUAUACUACUUCUUUGUUUACAACUUUUUAUUUGAAAAAUAUUUUUAUGUUUAUGUUU